GACGCCCCUCACCAUGCCUUCGGUCGUGCUGUCGCUACUUGGUCUUGGCCUUGGUGCUCUACAUGCCUCGUCAGUCUCUGCUGGUCAAGUGCCUGUUGUCGAUGGUGUUAUUGGCGGUGUAAGGACCUCUGACUCGACAACCAAAAAUCUGGAGACUUUGGCCAGUGACGUCCGAGCUUCUACGCCUACACCAGGAGCUCUGCGUGUCACGGAGAACUCGGGCAUCUGUGAGACCACAGAGGGAGUUUAUCAAGCAUCGGGCUAUGGCGACCUUUCCGAAGACGAAAGUGUCUGGUUUUGGUUCUUCGAAGCGCGUAACAAUCCGGAUACCGCACCCCUCAUCACCUGGUUUAAUGGCGGUCCUGGAAGUUCAAGUAUGAUUGGGUUGUUCCAGGAGCUAGGGCCAUGUCGGAUCAAUAACGACAGCUCGACUGUAUCGCUGAACCCCUAUGCGUGGAAUGAGUACGCCAACGUCCUCUUCAUCGAUCAGCCAGUAGGCGUUGGUUUCUCCUAUGGAACCUCUACGGUUGGUACCUCCGAAGAAGCCGCUUCAGAUGUCUGGGACUUCAUGCAGAUCUGGAUCACCGAUGAGCGGUUCAGCAAGUACGCGGCAAACGACUUUGCCAUCUGGACGGAGUCAUACGGAGGCCAUUACGGACCUACCUUCGCAUCAUACUUCAUGGACCAGAUUGCUGGUAUCGCGAACGGGACUGUGUCUGGCACUCCUUUGAACUUCAAGACUCUCGGUAUAGGGAACGGUCUCACGGAUGCUAUGGCGCAGUACCCUCAAUAUCUUACCUAUUCCCAGAACAACCCGUACCAUCCAUUGGUAUCGUCGACUGUUUAUAACAGGGCGAACACGUCAAUGUAUUCUUCCAAUGGCUGCCAGCACCAAAUCGAAGCCUGCAAUAACAACGGCAGCAACUCAGUCUGCUCCUCGGCCCAGUCCUACUGCAACAACAACGUUCUCUCUCCUCUCGCAGGCGACUACGAUGUCUACUAUGUUCUCUCUACCAAUGACGACUACCCGCCCGACAUCACACCGUACCUCACGAAUUCGAGCAUUACGGACGCGAUCGGGGCGGAGGCUGACUGGCAGGAAACGAGUACCACGGUCUACGAUAACUUCGCGGCGACAGGCGAUUGGAUGAGGACGAAGAGUCCUUAUUUGGAGAAGGUUAUCGCUGCUGGGCUCAAAGUUGUGCUCUACAAUGGUGACGCUGACUUCAUCUGCAACUACAUGGGCGACGAAGCGACGAUCGACGCGCUCCAAACCUCGACCAGCUCUCUUUGGGCCUCCCAAUCCUUCGCAAACUACACCGUCAAUGGUACUGUCGCAGGUCUCUACAAGAAUGCCGAUAACUUCUCGUACAUCCGGUUUUAUGGCUCCGGGCAUGAGGUCCCAGCAUAUGAGUACGGGGAUCUGGCCAGGGGACAAGCGGCGUUGCAGAUGUUCGAGCAGAUUAUGAUGGGUGGGGCGUUGGUUCCUACAUGAUUUGAAGAGUAGACAAGUUAGACGAUCUGUGGAUUACGACUCCUUAUGAGUAGGAAGAGACUUUGCCCUCGCUGUUAAUGGUUAUGGAGAUAAAUAUAUAAUCUGGUACC